AGAAAAGUUGAAGAUUCCAGCAGCCCAAAACUCAGCAACAACAAUAACCUGAAAAUCACCCAUGGGGAACCCGUCAUCGAUCGGAGAAGCAUUUUUCAGGCUCAUGCGGCCCAUAUAACUUCGGUGGAGCAGGUCAAGGAGGUGUUAUCGACGUUGCUGGCUAACAAGAAGAUUGGCCAAGCAACGCAUAACAUUUAUGCGUACCGAGUGCUCCACGAAGGCUGCAUGGCUCAGCACUGCGACGAUGACGGGGAGAAGGCUGCUGGGGGGCGACUCCUUCAUUUACUGCAGGCUACGGGAGCCACUAACGUGAUGGUGGUGGUGUCUCGCUGGCGUGGAGGAGUCAACAUUGGCCCAGACCGCUUUCGCCACAUUAACAGUGUGGCGAGGCAGGUACUGCAGCAGCUGGGAUUCGUUAAGAAGAAGUAGCGACAAGAUCCUGCUGAUACGCUA